AGAUGGAAAUCAUGCACGCGUUAUCGCGGCUGACAUGUCAUUGAUGUGUAACAAUGAAUCAGUGAUUAUGUCAUUGUUCUCAAAUGAAUUUGAUUUUUGGUCAAAGUUGGAUCGAAAUGGAUCCCUUUUAGAGUACAUUAUGCCGCCAUGUUCGUGACUUCGUGAUACUUCGGCAAUGUCCGGCGCUCGUAACCCGGGGCCUGGGUUCACUGUUCUACGUCGGUCGUGUUAAAUAUCGUCGAUAAAACUGACUUACUAACAUUGGUCGUGACCGCCAUUGCUCAUUACUCUGGGGGCAUAUCAUCGAACAAUUAAUGGAAUUGUUGAUAAGAGUUCUUCCAACGGUACGUUGGCCAUUAGCUAAGAAAUUGUGUGUAUUGAGCCGAUGAUGGAAUCAGUGCAGGCACAACCAAUACAUCUUACUGAAACAAAGCCACAUGCUGAACAUGGGCUUGAAGAAAUAUCAAAGCAACUGGAGAAUGAACUUUUGUACGGCGAAGGGGAUGAUGGUGAAACACUCUCUGAUGAUGCACUGUCCGAAGACAGCUAUCGUUUGAGGGUUUCGGAUGAUGAGAAUGGAGAUGACAAGAUUGAGGCUUCCAAACAUGUAGAGAAUCAUGAUAAUAAUGUCGAAAAGACUAAACUCCCGGAAUCGACCCCCGACGUUCGUGGUACGAACAGUAAAACAUUGCAACUAAGUAAACUAACGAAUAGUGAAAAAGAUGGUGGAGAGUGUGGAAAUGAUGAUGAUAUUACUGAAAAUUUUCAAGUAGAAAAAAAUAAUUAUCGCGAAAGCCGAAACAAUUUUAGUCCGAAAAGAAAUUCGAAAUUGAAUAGUCCGGAGGUACCGGAGUUGUCCUCCAAUCAGGGGAAGAAAAAAAUAUUUACAAAGUGUUUCUCAGACCUGAGUGAUAUUAGUUCUGAUAGUAUCGAUCUUGAUGAUCAUGAAAGCACACCGAAUGAUGUGGGACUAGUAGAAGAUAGUGUCAGAGCCUCACCACCAUCACGAGCAUCGUCUCCAAUCCAGGGGAGGACUGAGCUGAAGUCCCGUGAAGAUUCUUCCAAAAGCAAAAGCUCCAUUCUUAAUCUAGAAACUAAAAAAAAGAGUGAUAAUUCUACACCAGUUUCUGCAUUCCCAACUGCCGAUAGUAAUCACAUAAUCUCAGAAGAUGAUUCGGAACCAGAAAAAGGAAUCAAUGAGCAAGUGAAAGACACUUCGAAAUUGGUAACUGAUGAGGAUAAUAGUCCGCCAUUGAAUACUAAUGAAGAAUCCCCGACGGAAAAGUCAGCAGACGUGGGAAGCACGUCAGCUGAACGGACAGAAAUUGUCAAUGAAAAUUCCAAAGACGAAUCUGUCACCAGUGACAGUUCCAUGGCAUUAAAGAACAAAGUUAGUGAAGGAGAGAAUUCUUCACCGUCUUUGGAGUGUGGAGAGACAAUAUCAGAUGUAGAUAGUGAAACAAUUGCUGAGCCGAAUGAGUCCGCUGACGCGACGACCAAUGAUGAGGCCAGUGUCAAGCGCAGAUUGAGUUUAUCACAGAAUGACACAGCUGUUCCCAGCAAAAUUACCUGUUUAGAAUCUCAGGAGACGCCUAAAGCCACUGAUGAUGCUAUUGAAAUUUUGGAGGAAACUGAUGGAACAACUGAAAAAUCAGCCCCACCAAAUGCAAUUCUGAAGUCACUGUUGGCGGUAUCUAGGAACCAAGAUGAGAUCAUCGAUCUUGAUGAUGACAAUACCGCUGACUCGGUGAACAGCAAUGUCUCACAUAGUGCCAAUGAUAGUUUGACAACAGACAGGACGGCUGACAAAUCCAAGCCGACCAGUGGAGUCCUUGAGACUAACAGCGAAAAUUUGGAGGAAACGAAAACACGUAGAACUAGAAGAUCCCGUGGUGAUGCCGAGAUCGUAGCAGGAAAAGAGAUUGUGACGCGAGCAAAGCGUGAAGCAGCCCAGAAAGCGGAGGUCACAGUGAGAAAGAAUAUGGUAACAUUGAACAAUGACACUGAUUCAGAUUCAACGGAUUCAAUGAUACCUUACACUCCAAAACAAAAGGCCCAAUCGCCGGCCUCCCUGAAGCGUAACAUGGAAUGUGAUGAGCGAUUGGAUCUGGCAACAUCUAAAAAAUUCAAGACUGAUAUUGAAAAGGAAAAUGCUCAAACUAAACCAGAAUCCGUUAAAACAGAAUCAAAGAAGACAUUUGAAACUGUACGGAGAUUUUUCCUGAGAGACAACAAGGAGAAGCUGAAAAAACUUACACAAGAGCAACUCGAGGAGCUGUUUAUCCAAAAAAUUGUCGAGACGAUAACAAUGCGCGAGGAAAUCGGAAAACUCCGCGAGAAGGCCAAGAUAUCUGAGCGCAAUCAGGAAGCGACGCGAGUCAAGUGUCAACAGUUGUCCAAACAGAUCAAUGAUUUUGAAAUGGUGUUAAAUCGUUUCAGUGCAGAUCGCAGAAAUAGUCCGAUCAGCAAUGUAACACCUAUUAAGAUCAAUCGAUCUGUUGGGCUUCAAGUCAACUUCUUGACGGAUCAUGGGGUUCAGAAUUUAAGGCAGCUGCAAGCGGCUGGAAAGGGAGUGCAAACCAAGAUACUUCCGAAAUCACCAGUGAACGGUAUGCCUCCAGUUCCGCCCGAAGAUCCCACUGCUCGGAGAGGAAUUAAAGUUCGAUCCCCGAGGAGAAUAGAUAUCCCUGCCCUAGCCCCUGUGAGUGCAGCUGCCCAGAACACCCUCCAAGGGCAGCCACUCAUCUCCACAGUCACUCCAUCCUCACUUUCCUUGACGAAACCCGGAGAAACACGCACCACCACUGCCAACACUACUCAGCCAAUCCACCACGUUGUCAUCAAUGGUGCUACCAAUUCAAUUACCAGAACCAAGGUUCUCACUCCCAAUAAUAAGACCAAUACCAAUCUCAUUGAUUUGACGGACGAGCCGGAGAGAAAACAUUCUAUACCACCACCUCUGACAGCCAUCAUACCGUCCUCUACUGGCCCGACUCAUGUCUCUAAAGUAUCGGGCAGGUACCAGAGGGUCAUACCAGCUACUACCAGUGUUACUAUUCCUCAGUCGGCUCUCAGGGUUGUGCAACCUGCGGGACAGCCAACUCCCACUGCUUUAGUUAACAACAUGAGCUCUAUUGGAGGUAUUCCUAGGUUUGUUGUCAUGCAACCUGGUCGGCAGCUCGUUGUUUCCAAUAACAACAAUCAGGUCAGGGCGGCCAACGCCACAAGACCCUCACUGUCCAACAUCACCUAUGCUUCUGUUCCGGCAAUGGCGAAUGGCACUGUGAGAGUCGUGCCAACGUCGGGCACAACAGUGCAACUUUACAAGGUAUCUCAUCCUGCCCCUCUUCCGGACUGUGUAUCUUAUAAACCCGAUCCCUCGUUGAAGUUACCACCCCCGGCGCCAUCACUGAAGAUCUCCAAAGUACAACAUGGUAUCGUGCUGUCCUGGAACAUGGCACUGAAUGAAAAAUACGCUGAGAUAGCGAGCUACCAGCUUUACGCAUACCAGGAGAUAACAGGAAUGGCCCCAAAUACAUCAAACUGGAAGAAAGUUGGUGAUGUCAGGGCUCUACCCCUUCCCAUGGCCUGUACGCUGACCCAGUUCUCGGAAGGCAAUAACUACUACUUCGCUGUGAGAGCUGUGGAUACACAUUCCAGAUAUGGACAGUACAGCCAGCCAGGCAACAUUUCCCUGUAAUUAAAUAACAAGAGAUUGAGAUAAAAUAUUCUUGUUUUUAUAUGUAAAUGAAUUUGUUUUUUUGAGCGGUAAGAGUGAUCAUGUGGUCGAAUGACUAACGGCCUUGAGAAAAUGGUUUAUCGAAUUUUAGAAGAGACUCUCUGUGGAGAUGGAAAUUUCACAUUUUAAGAAUUAUCUCGUUCUGAUCAAGUGAUUAUGGUUGAGAUUAAUCUGUGUUCAAAUGUAAUGUUUUAUAUUUCAAUUGUACUCAAUAUCGAGCUUUCAAUUCUUUCAAAAACUUUGUGAUAAAGAUUUUUUUUUUCAUUCUUAUACUUAAUUCUUGCUAAGUCGUAAUUUAUUUGUCGGUAUAUUUUUUAAGAUACGGCCUCUCGAGAGAACGGAAUGGAUAAGUUGGAAAAAUAAUUUAUAGUUUUUAGUGAUUGCUAAAUAUAAGAUGUUUGAUACAA